GCAGGUGACAAUCCUGCUGUGUGUCACCACCAGGCACAGAGACUGCAGAGAUGUCUGCGCUGGCUCGGAGUGUCCUAGUGACGGGCUCCAACCGCGGAAUCGGGCUGGAGCUGGUGAGGCAGCUCGCUGCCAGCCCCCAGCCCCCCCAGCACAUCUUUGCUACCUGCCGUGACCCCGAGGGUCCGAGAGGGAAGGCCCUGCGAGAAUUAGCUGCCCAGCACCCCAGCAUCAAACUGGUCCAGCUAGACACGGUGAACUUGGCCAGCAUCCGAGGGGCUGUGCGGGCUGUGGAGUCUCAUCUGAAGGACCAAGGCUUGAACCUGCUCAUCAACAACGCAGGCGUCAGCUCGCACGCCACGCUGCGCUCCCUGGAUUUGCAGGAGAUGCUCUCCAUCUUUGCCACCAACGCGGUCGGGCCAAUCCAGGUUGCCAAGGAAUUUCUGCCACUCCUGGACAAGGCAGCGAAGGGCAUGGGGAAGGAGGGGCUGAGCUGCAGCAGGGCUGCGGUCAUCAAUGUCUCCACCAAACUGGGCUCCAUCGGGCUGUGCCUCGGCGUGUUGGAGGCCCCCAUGUACCCGUACCGUGCCAGCAAGUGGUGCCUCUUCCAGGCUGCCCAGAACAUGGUAACAAGGUGCAUGGCUGCAGAACUCCGAGACCAGGGCAUCUUGUGCACUGCCAUCCAUCCCGGCUGGGUGAAAACCGACAUGGGGACGGAGAAGGUACUGGGCUGUGCAGAGGAGGGCCAGCAGGUCCCCCGCUGUACCCCCAUCUCUCAGGGAGGGCAGGGGAUGUUGUGUGAUGCUGUGGGCUGCUGGGACCAUCUCCUGGGGCAGAGCAGGCAGGGAACAGGCAGCAAGUUGCAACGUGCCAAAUGCAUGGGAUAGCCAGCCCUGUCCACCUUGCCCAGCACAGAGAGGAGGGGGGUGGCAGUAAGGAAAAAUGCCCCCACAAGCACCCUGGGUGCUGCUCCCCCAGCCUGGCCAAGCCUGGCUGCUUUCCAUGCUGGCCACAGCCCGUGGCAGGGACACUGCACCUGGUCCUCUUCUGCAGGCGCCGCUGACAGUGGAGCAGAGUGUGCGGGGCAUCCUGAGUGUGCUGGCUGGCCUCUCGCA